ACCCAACAAACACUUUCACCAGCAAAAGACCAGUUGGGAAAUUCUGCUGCUUGAAGAAGGAUGAAGCAAAAGAUGGUGAUCAGGGUCUCUGUGACUGGUGAAAAGAAGAGCAGGUCCAAAGCAAUGCAGACUGCAGUUGGAGUACCAGGUGUUGAAUCAAUAGCUUUGGAAGGUGAAGAUAAGAACCAAAUUGUUGUUAUUGGUGACAGUGUUGAUUCAGUUAAAUUGACAUGUUUAUUAAGGAAGAAAAUCGGGCCUGCUGAACUUCUGAGCGUCUCACCAGUUGAUGAGAAGAAGCAGAAAGAGAAUAUGACUGAAUCAGGGGUACUGCAGCCAAUGGUUUGGCCACCAUAUCAAGCUGGUGUGCCACAGUAUUAUUACAGUGUUGUUCGUGAAGAUAAAAACAACUAUGACACUUGCAGUAUCAUGUGAGACAUGAA